UCUACAUUCUAGCUCCGCCUCCCUAAGUGGCUGCCAGGCCAACCUCCUAUUGGCCGGCGACGAGAAAGCAGACAUCCGGUUUGCGCGUCUGGCCGCCGGAGGUGGAGGCAGCCAUGGUGCGGUUCAAGCAUAGGUACCUGCUCUGCGAAGUGGUGUCUGACGACCCCCGCUGCCGCCUGACUCUGGAGGACCGAGUGCUGGGCACCCUGGUACGGGACACGAUCGCCCGCGUGCACGGGACUUUCGGUGCUGCCGCCUGUUCCAUCGGCUUCGCGGGUGCGAGGGUGCUUGGGAACCGGGCCGACGGCAGGGCUUGGAGGGGGCAGUGGCCACAGGAGGGAGAAAGAAGGGGCACGAACGACCCCGGGAACUGCCAAGCCUUGUGUACUGUCCUAUUGCGAUACCUCAAUGCCUAUACCGGAAUAGUGCUACUUCGAUGCAGGAAGGAAUUCUAUCGGCUUGUGUGGUCAGCUCUUCCCUUCAUCACAUCCUUGGAGAACAAAGGACACCGCUACCCGUGUUUUCUCAACACCUUACACGUGGGAGGUACAAUUAGAACAUGCCAGAAGUUCCUGAUUCAGUACAACAGGAGACAGCUGUUGAUCCUGUUGCAGAACUGUACUGAUGAAGGAGAGCGGGAGGCUAUCCAGAAGUCUGUCACUAAAAGCUGUUUACUAGAGGAGGAGUCGGCUGGGGAGGAGCUUUCCGAUAGUGGCGGCGAGGAGACUGCUGAGCCAAUGGAGUGAACCUUCACACAUUGUGCUGUGCCCAGGCCUCGGGGUCCACCCGCUGGGAUGGGACGUUCUGAGAGGCAGCAGCAUCUUCUGCAGUUCCCAAACUGGAUGACUGCGGACCAGAGGCCAGGUGACCAGCUCAAAAUGGACUUACAUAAAACUAAUCAGAGUCACCUUUACCCAGCAUUGCCCAGUUAAGUGGUUCUGCAGGUUGUGAACCCCGUCCCUGUCCUUAUACACAUCUUUGUAUCUAACUGCCUGGCUGGGAGCAGGUUUAAUAAAUGUAUUUGGCUUCUGUUA